AUGGACUUUGCCUACGACCACAUCGUGGAAGAGACUCUCCCCAAGGACCGGGAGGGAGAGUCAUCUGGCAAGCAGCCAGAGGCACAGCAGAGUCUGAAUGCCGAGUUCCAAGCUGCUUACAGUGCUUUCUCUUCCAGCCCCUGGGGGGCCAAGAUUGGAGGCUUCUUUGGCACCGUCGUCAAGCAGGGCGAGUCCGUGUAUCGAGAAGCAUCCCAGGAAGUGACAGCUCUGGGACAAGAUGCCUCCAAAGGCAUCUCGGACCUCCGGGCCUCCCUUGUCAACCGGACUAGGGGCAUGUCAUUGAACACGUCUGCCGCAGAACAGUCGGCCGUAGGGGAGAGCAGCAAGGAUCAAUCUGAGACGACGCCCACUGCGAAUAAGGAAAUGACGACGGACGAGGCUAUCAAGGAGUCGGAGACCGUCCUGUCGAGGCUCAAGGUCGAGGCUGCCAAGCGACUCAAGGACAUCCAGAAAGCUGAGGAUGCCGCCGACGAAGCGCUGCUCAAGUUUGGCUCCAACGUCCGUGACUUUCUGCGUGACGCCAUCAAGAUUGCACCGCCCUCAGGAGCACAGGAGCAGGGCAGCAGCACGGUGCUAUUCGAGAGCAAAGAUGCAUCCGGCAAGCGUGUCAUUCAUACGUCGCGCUUCGAUGCCCAACUGCACGUCAUCCACACGAAUACUGAGAGUUUCGCAAAGGACCCCUCGAGUGAAGAGUUCACCAACUGGACCAAGGAUUUCGACCUCGACAAGAAGACGACUGACAUUUCGGGUGAUUUGUCCAAGUAUCCUGAGCUAAGGACGACCAUGGAGAAGCUGGUGCCCGACACAAUCCCCUACGCGGAUUUCUGGAAGCGAUACUACUUCCUCCGACACGGCAUUGAAACAGCGGAGGCUCGACGACGAGAUCUCCUCAAAGCCGCAUCUGCAGAGGAGGAAAUCGGCUGGGAUGAGGAUUCCGAUGACGAGGCCGGCCCCAGCAAGCCGACCAAGCCUGACCGUCCCGCCUCGACCGAGUCUUCCACGACUAUCCACCCUCCUCGCGCCCAAACUCUUCUGAAGCCGUCCGAGCCCCGCAAAUCCAACGAUGAGAAGUCACAAGCUGACAGUGAGGCGAGCUACGACGUGGUUGGUGCGACAUCUGGCGUGCCGAGCCAGGCUCCCAGCAGCCCCAAGGAGGCGCGCAAGGACGACGAGAGUGACGAGGAAGACUGGGAGUAG